UCAAUUAAUUUUUUUGUCCCAGAAAAAAGCAGUAGUUAAACACACGCAGAGCAGCCCAAACCUGAGCCUUAAGAGACCGGAAGUAUACUGUUCACCUCGGCUGAACCGUAAGCUACUUCCGGUUCGCUGUUAGCGUUGUUGUGAGUGCGCUGUCUUAAAGGAUAGCCCGCAGCCCUAGUUAUUUAUUUAAUUUAAAUUAUCCUUUGUGACACUUUACGGAGAGCUGAGGAGUCAGUCGAUGUGGCUGUAGCCAACGUGGACCAUGAGCAACAGUCACCCUCUGCGUCCACCGACGUCCGUCUCCGAAAUUGACCACAGCCAGCUGUUGUCGGAGCAGCUGGGAGCUCUGGUGCCCAGUGAGGAAUACAGCGAUGUCACCUUCAUUGUUGAAGGGAAGCGCUUCCCCGCGCACCGCGUCAUCCUGGCAGCUCGCUGUCACUACUUCAGAGCGCUGCUGUAUGGAGGAAUGAAAGAGUCUCAGCCUCAGGCAGAGGUGUGUCUGAAGGAGACCCGGUCCGAAGCUUUCUCCAUGCUGCUGCACUACCUGUACACGGGCCGGGUCAGCCUCAGCUCUGCUCGGGAAGAGGUGGUGCUGGACUUCCUGGGUCUGGCUCACAGCUACGGCCUGCAGCCACUGGAGGACUCCACCUCGGAGUUCCUCCGUACCAUUCUGAACACCAACAACGUCUGCCUCGUGUUUGACGUGGCCAGUCUGUACUCUCUGAGCACGCUCAGUGCAGCCUGCUGCGCCUACAUGGACCGUCAUGCCCCAGAGGUGUUGAACUCUGACGGCUUCCUGGAGCUGUCAAAGACGGCUCUCCUGACGGUGGUCAGCCGAGAUUCCUUUGCGGCCAGUGAGAAGGAAAUCUUCCUGGCUCUGUCUCGUUGGAGUCGGCAGCACGACGAAGGAGCUGACACACACGAGGUGAUGUCGGCGGUGCGGCUGCCGCUCAUGACCCUGACAGAGAUGCUGAACGUGGUGCGGCCUUCGGGCCUCCUGAGCCCAGACGACCUGCUGGACGCCAUCAAGACCAGAUCUGAGAGCCGCAACAUGGACCUGAACUUCAGAGGAAUGCUGAUCCCUGAGGAGAACAUCGCCACCAUGAAGCACGGAGCUCAGGUGGUGAAGGGAGAGUUGAAGUCUGCGCUCUUGGACGGAGACACCCAGAACUACGACCUGGACCACGGCUUCUCCAGACACCCCAUCGAGGAGGACGGCAGGGCCGGCAUCCAGGUCACACUGGGCCAGGCCUUCAUCAUCAACCACGUCCGUCUGCUGCUGUGGGACAGAGACAGCAGGUCCUACUCCUACUACAUCGAGGUGUCCAUGGACGAGCUGGACUGGGUGCGUGUCGUGGACCAUUCCAAGUAUCUGUGUCGCUCCUGGCAGAAUCUGUACUUCAAGCCGCAGGUUUGCAGGUACGUUCGCAUCGUGGGAACUCACAACACCGUCAACAAGGUUUUCCACCUGGUGGCCUUUGAGUGUAUGUACACCAACCGUCCCUUCACACUGGAGAACGGACUUGUGGUUCCCAGUGAGAACGUGGCGACCGUGGACGCCUGUGCCAGCGUCAUCGAGGGGGUCAGUCGCAGUCGGAACGCCUUGCUCAAUGGCGACACGCGCAACUACGACUGGGACUCAGGAUACACCUGCCACCAGCUUGGCUCCGGAGCCAUCGUGAUCCAGCUGGCUCAGCCCUACGCCAUUGGAUCGUUGAGGCUGCUGCUGUGGGACUGUGACGAGCGGGCGUACAGGUACUACAUCGAAACCUCCACCAACCAGCAGCACUGGACCAAGGUGGUGGACCGCACCAGGGUGGCCUGUCGGUCGUGGCAGACUCUAAAGUUUGAUAAGCAGCCUGCCUCCUUCAUAAGGAUUGUGGGAACACACAACACGGCUAACGAGGUCUUCCACUGCGUCCACUUUGAGAGUCCAGCUCAGCUGGACACAGAGGUCACUGAGGGCAGCCCUGGACUCAACCCCUCUGACCCCCCCUCCCCAGCCUCUCAGCAGACACGCCCCCAACGACCAGCACGCAUACACGGCCUGUUGCCCUCUCAGCCGUCGUCCUCACAGGGCCAACUUUGAGGGGGCGCUCUCGCCGUCGGGAUGGAACCUUAGGUUGAACAUUAGAAAUAGAUGUGUCCAUUAAGUUGCAAUACAAAUAGGGUAACACAGGGGGGCGCUGGCUAGUUUGUUUAAGGUCAAGUAUGAUGUGCUGUGCAGACAAAGCGGCCCCUAGUGGAAAAUUAGUGAGUCAGCUUUUUUUUUGCGACAUUUACAUAGUUCUUCCAAAAAAACCAGCAGAGCUAGUUCCAGUCAACUUCUGUUUGUGACCCAAUGGCCACGUCCGUCGCUGAUGUACGAUCUAUGGUGCGUGAAAACCACGGCGUCCUGUGGGUCGUCAGCUGUGGGGUGUUGGUCACACAGGGUCAUUGAGCUCCAGUCUUCCUAGAUUUGUUACUGAACCUUAGAUCGUUAGCCUUCCACUGUCGCUGAUCCCUGUGAAAUGUCACGUAGAUCACGUCGUUUUAUUUAUCCACCAGACUCGCACUGAAAGAAGGAUCGACUGCGUGGGUUUUCUCACAGAGUCACGGGAAGGCCAAAGGUCAUCGGAAAAUCCUUGACAAAAACCCCAGGAUGACUGAUCGUGCUCCACUGCCACUUGGCUGGGCUGGUGCUUGUUUUGGAAUAUUGUGAUCUGAUUGGACGGUGGUGAGGCCACAGCUGUAUGCAGAGUAACCUUUGUAGACGGCGGUGUCUGUGUGGAACUGUUUUUACUGUCACUGUUCAUAGCAGAGGAGAAGUUCACUAUUUCUAAAGACUUUGAUCUUCCUAAAUUCUGGAAAGUUUUGCCUCAGUUUGACUGGCAUUCAUUUACCCCAAAGCCACGCCCCCUCCUGUGAUGUCACCCUGAGAGUAGAUUUUAUGAGGUCUCUUCAUUCAAGCACUUGAAAAGUUUGAGCACAAAUGAUUCUGGAAAACACGGAACUUUUUACCAAACGUUGUUGGCGCUGAGGAUGGGCUCGGACCAAAUGGCUUCUUUACAUUGGCUGCUGAAGGAAAAGGUUAGCUACACACUUGUCACGCGCAGCUGCUGUUGGCACUUUAUUAACGAUUUAAACAUGGCUCUUUCUGACUGAAGAACAGUACCAGAGCACUGGGACUGGUACUGUUAAACACUUACAGCCUCUGGGCUCUGGGGUGGCGUUUGUCACUGCUGUGGUUCCUCUUGGUUUUUGUGUGUGUGUCUCAGCACUUUCUUACCAGCACUGGCACUGUGUCACAUAGACACUGGGCUGUGGGUUGGAAGGAUCAGUACAGGAACACCCAGUGGUCAUGGUGUGAACUGCAGACACAGGUUGGUGAGUGUGAGCCCAGGGUUCUGAUUUGAACCUACAGGACGACCCUGUGCCGGUCUGUGCUGGUGUGAAAGUUCUAGGUUUGUCAUGUCGUCGCACUUUUGACUUUGAAGCUACUUUUAUUGUAAAACUCACUGAUUUGUUGUUAGCGCCGCCGUCGGCGAUGUUUGACUCUUGAUUUUGUACUAAGUUCACAGUAGUUGCUCCUGAUGCCGUCCCUCACUCACUGUCGCUGCACUCCCACUGCAGAGUACCAGGAACUUGUGAGUACCAGCAACCAUUUUCACUGAACUAAAGUUCUACAAACGGCAGGAACCUUUUAGAAUCAGGGGCCGUUGUCAUAGGAAAUAAAUGGUCAAGGCUAAAUUCACCCCACACUGGAGAAAGUUCCAGAAAGUUUAUGACCUCAGUGAACUGGUCACUGUCUGUUCUGCUGAAGAAUGAUCCUCCAACCCGUGGUUCCUGGACUUCUGAGAAGACCUACCUCUCCAGCUGGAACUGUUUUACAUACAAAUCAGUUCUGAGGUUUUCAUUUAGUUCCCAUACUGUGUUAGUUCCUGGUGCGGGUGCCUGCUGUGGAACUUUCCCUCCUCACACCCUGAGUGUGUGUAAUUAGCAACCCCUGACUGGAACUCAUCACUCUGUUACUGAUACUGGGUGAAGGGGGGGGGGGGUUACUGUCUCUGUUACCUUUAUGACUGUGUUAGCAGCUGAAUGAAGUCCUCUAAACACCUGGUGUAAAUUAGAACUUUCUUGAACCCUGUUCUGUCUGAUGUUAUGUCACAGUUCUGCCUAAUAUAUUCAACAUAUAUAUAAAUAUAUUUGUUCUGA